AACAAAACAAGGACAUAAUAAAUUAAUUAUUUAAAUGAUAUAUUUAAUACUUUUGCAUCACGUCACAUACCUAUAGAUAAAUGAUAAACCCCCUGAAUUAAACAAAUCAAAAUAAUAUUUGGUCCGAGGCAAAUAAAUUGCUGUCAAGAGGAGAAGGAAGAUGAAGAAACAGACAGGAGUUAGUUGUCUACAAACCUAGUACUAUGUCUUCCCCUUUCUUUCAGAGCCCAUAUUGGGACAUGAUCAUGCAGAUGCAGGAGCCUUCAGAAAUUUUGUUCCAACCGUUGUCAUCUAAUGAUGUUCUUGACCCUCUACACGAUUCUCUUUCCUUCGACAUGGUUGACUUCUCUACAGCUCCAGCAGAAGGAAACCACAAAGAGGCAAAGAAAUUGGUGGUUGAGUCUGAGGUGAAGAAUAGGGAUAGGUCAUACAUAGGUGUGAGGAAAAGGCCUUGGGGAAAAUUUGCUGCAGAAAUCAGAGACACGACAAGGAGUGGGAAAAGGGUUUGGCUUGGAACCUUUGAGAGUGCAGAAGCUGCUGCUUUAGCUUAUGACCAAGCUGCAUUUUCCAUGAGAGGCCAUAAUGCUGUACUCAAUUUUCCUGUCAAAAGAGUUAAAGAGUCUUUGCAAGAGAUCCAAUAUACCUGCUUCAAUGGCACUUCUCCUGCACUUGCACUCAAGGCGAGGCACUGCAAGAAAAAACACUUUUCAAAAGCAAAAGAGUGUAAAGGGAAAGAGAAAUCAAAGCCAUGUGUAGUGGUAUUAGAAGAUUUGGGAGUCGACUAUCUAGAGCAACUUCUUAGCAUAUCAGAUCAAAGUGCAAGCCCUACCUACUUCAACUAAAUCUUGCCCACUAUUUCUUUUUUCUUUUUCCUUUUGUUUUUGUCUAUUUUACAUAAUCAACAAUUUCCAUCUUGGCAUUUGUAUGUAUUAUGAUCUCUCGUUACUAAUAUACAAGUCCAGUGCCAAUUCUUCUGUUAUGGUAUCCAAUUAGAAAAUUUCUAUAAGAAUUAUUUGAUCCAUUAAUUAAUGUGAUUCAAUCCUUACUGCAGCAAUUGGGAGCAUGAACUUCUGUAGUGAAUUACAUUUUGUCGACUCUACUCUUUAGUUGAACCUGAAUUCAUUCUUCUAGAAUAUUCAUGCUGGCACCUACAUUUUCGAUGCCUUUCUUAUA